CAAAACAGAAAACAGUAGCCAUUUUUCUCCUGCCUUUUCUGAAUUCUGCACCAUCUUUAUCUCUUUCUCCCUCUUUCUCUAAGCCAAUAAUGGCCCAGCUCAGCUGUACCAUAAUAUUCAGUAAAACAAAAACAAAUGAGAGAAGGCAAAGAAAGAUGGAUGGAUGGAUAGACACAAGACAUUCACUCUUUCUUGUGUGUCUUCAUUUCUCCUCCAACCACACCUCUCUGUUUUCCAAAACAACAUCACCAUUCACCAACAACAACUAUUUCGUAUUUCCUUAAAUACCCUUUCUGAUUAUUCCCUUCUUCAAUGUCUCUUUCUUCACGACUCUCUCUCUCCGUUCUUCAUGGGCCCUUUGGCCUUCUUACCUUUACAUUCUACCUGUUUCAGAGAAAUUUAACAACAAAACACCACCACAUCUUUCGCAGAACCUUCCCUCACUAUAUAUUUUCUUACCUUUUUUAUUUCUCUCUCUUUAACCUUUUUUCUCCUCUUUCUAACUUUAUCUCCUCCUUUAAUUCGGUUUUGUUUCUUCUAUUUCUUUCUCAAUCUAAUUACUUUCGAUCUCUGUUUUUGAAGUGGGUUUGCGUUCUUUUCUUUUUUAAUACAAAUUCUUUUUCAAAAGAAGCAAUUUUGGGAAGGCGAUUAAUAGACUUUUCAUAUUCUUUAUGCAAAAGUUUCAUCUUUUGAUCUGGGAAUAGGUGGUGGUUGUUUAAUUUUCAAGUUUUUGUCUCAAAAUUCAAUUUUGAUGAAAAAGAUGAAAAGGGUUGCUGGGAAUUCUCAUCAUCAACCAUAUUUGGUUGAUGAAGAAGCUGGUGCUCGGUUCAAACAACAGAGGCUACUGCAGGAGUAUUUAGAAGUUCAAAAGGAAUUUGUUUCUAAGAAGAAAAAGUUGAAGAUAGCAAAGCAGAAGAGAGAAAUUCUUUUGGCUGAAGUUCGGUUCUUGAGACAGAGGCAUAACCGUCUGAAGAAACAAUCUCCUGAACUUGAAACUGAGGAAAAUCCUGUUGGACCACUAAAUUCACAUUCACAAAGCAAAUUGCUUGCUGAAAAUAGGAGCUUUGGUGUUAGUGAAAAUGUUGUGAAGAACUCACCUCCUAUUCUUAAUUUAAACCAAAAUUUGGGUGAUGAAGAUUGUUACAGGGGAAGGAAAGAAGAGGUUGUUUUGGAUCCAUUGAGAGUAGAGGAGAAGCGAAAGAAUUGGAUGAUCAAUGAGAAGAGAGUUGGGAAGAAGAAAAUUUCAUGGCAAGAUCAGCUUCAACUCCUACAGAAAAGUUUGAUAAGUUAGCUCAUAUGAAUAUAGUGAUAUUUUCAUUGACCAGUUAGAAGAUAAUGGAUGGAGAUAAUUGGAG